AGAAGCAACCCAUACCAUCGAAAAGGGUGGACUGUUGAUGCGUUUUUUGUUUGUGAAUUUAACAGGAUCUUUGAACUUAUAAUGGCUGCUAGAUAUGACAGAGCCAUCACAGUAUUUUCCCCAGAUGGCCAUCUCUUCCAAGUGGAGUAUGCUCAAGAGGCCGUUAAGAAAGGCUCCACUGCUGUAGGAAUCCGGGGCAAAGACAUAGUUGUUCUUGGAGUCGAGAAGAAAUCUGUUGCAAAAUUGCAAGAGGAAAGAACCGUUCGGAAGAUCUGUGCUCUGGAUGAACACGUCUGCAUGGCCUUUGCAGGAUUAACGGCAGAUGCUCGUAUCGUCAUCAACAGAGCCAGAGUGGAGUGCCAGAGCCACAGGCUGACAGUGGAGGAUCCAGUUACUGUGGAGUACAUCACUCGUUACAUAGCAACCCUGAAACAGCGAUACACCCAGAGCAAUGGGCGCAGACCUUUCGGCAUCUCCGCCUUGAUUGUGGGUUUUGACUAUGAUGGAACUCCAAGGCUGUACCAAACCGACCCCUCAGGAACAUACCAUGCGUGGAAGGCAAAUGCAAUUGGGCGAAGUGCAAAGACGGUGAGAGAAUUUUUGGAGAAGAACUAUACAGAUGAAUCCAUUGCAAGUGACAAUGAUGCAAUCAAGCUUGCGAUCAAGGCAUUGCUUGAGGUUGUGCAAUCUGGUGGGAAGAACAUUGAGCUUGCAGUCAUUAGGAGGAAUCAGCCUUUGAAGAUUUUGGAGUCUAAAGAGAUCGAAACCUUGGUGGCCGAAAUAGAGAAAGAGAAAGAGGAGGAGGCAGAAAAGAAGAAGCAGAAGAAGGCAACAUAACUCUAAAGUGGUUACCUGAAUACUUUCAAAUGUGUAGGUGGAUGCAGCACUUUUAGGCUGAACACAUUGUACUGAACCUUUGCAGUGUUUUCAUUUUUGUUAGAUAAGCUAUGAAACGGUCAAGUAGUUCUGUAAUAAUGCCAACCUUGGCUGCGUGUUGUUCCGUUACCAGACAUGAAUCACAAAUAAUGUUGUUUAUAACUCAAACACCUUAAUAAAGUCUUUUGUUUUCUA